ACUGGUCAGUGACUGUGCAUACGAGGACCUUGAGGACUUGUGAAGUUGUCAGUGAAUUUCUGUCGAGUGAAGAGUAUUGAAACUGCUGUACAAUAUCAGUCUCAGUGUUUGUCAGUACAAGAACAAUACCAGUUGCCUUCAAAGCUGUCAAGAGGAGAACGAUGCAAAAGCUGUUCCUCGUGUUGUUUGUAGUCGCUUCAGUCUACUCUGAAUCGCAGGUGAGGGAGACGGAGACAUGGAUGCCAACGAAGGGAAAGCAGUCUCAUGAAGACCUGGUGUCGUCGGGUGACUCCCAGAACGGUUCAGACUUCGAGUUAACCAGCGACGAUGAGGACCUUGUCGAUGACUAUGAUUCACUCUAUGACGACGAGUCGUCAGGUUCUGGAGAUGGAGUGUCAGACGAAGAGACUGCGCCAACAUCUAAGCCUGACCUAAUCGACAACAGGAUCCCAGAGCAGGGAGGCCCUGUGAAGCCACAGCCCACAGUGAACGAGAAUGACAUUGUGCUUAAAAACGAGGUCGGCGUCCGCUCCUCAUCAGGGGUCGAGGACCGCCCUCCCAACGUGCUGAUGUCACAGGCAGGAGAUGAGAGCUUCUUUAACAAGACCGAAGUUGUUGCAGCCCUGAUCGCUGGCGGUGCAGUCGGUCUGCUCUUCUCUGUGCUCCUCAUCCUCCUGCUCAUCUACCGCAUGAAGAAGAAAGACGAGGGCAGCUACGCCCUGGGGAAGAAGCCCAUUUACACGAAGGCCGCAUCUACGGAGAUCUACGCCUAAAGCCGGGGCGCCUCCGCACCCUUUGUCACAGUGCCUCUGAAACUCAGCCGCUAAGCUGUCGCUCUCUUUCUCUCUCUCUCUCUCUCUCUCUCUCUUUCUCUUUCUCUCUCUCUCUUCCUGGACUGCCUCACACCUGAACCUCCAUACUUCCAUGAAAGCCAGAGAGGGAGAGGUAAAACUCUCCAAAAAAAGAUGAGAAAAGGAAGACAGACUGUAAAAAUACUCUCUCCUCAGUCAUGAUAUUGGAAUGUGCAUUUUCUUUGGAAUCUGAUGAGCUGUGCCCCAGUCAGUGGGCCAUGUAAGAAGAGGCCAUGUUCCUUUUUUAAACAUAUGAGAAAGCAAUUAAGAGAGUCGUUGCCAAACUGUGGAACAUCAAAUCAUUUUUUUUCCUUUUUAAUUUAAAUAUUUAACUCCUCCCAAAGUUAAAUGCUUAAUGUCCUGAGUCCUGAGCUGCACUGUAAUUCAGUGUCUAAUAGUGUGCACCCCUCUGUCCUCUGGAGGUUAUUGUUCAAGCUAUAACACUAAAAGGUAUCCUGCGGUGCUCAGUCUGUGACAUGAUAUGGUACAGAGAUCAUUGGUAUAGUUAUUUAUUCCCUCCCUCCCUCCCCCUCCACUCACACCUGUCCUGGUGUCAAUGGGGCUGUGGGAGUUGAUGUUACUGUUGCUUUUUUUUUUUUUUUUUUAAAUGAAUCCCUGUGUAAGAUGACUGAUGUAAUUUGCUAAAUUUGAUCCUUUUAAGUUAAGUCUAAAAUCAGUGGUUGAAAACGAAAUGCAGUGCGUUUUUAUAUGAAAUAAAAUCCGUUGGUACUAUGUGCUUUGGCUGUCGUGUAGCUGAGCAACUCGAAGGAAAAUCUGCUUUAGGUCUGAGGGGGGGGGGUCCAUUUUCUGCCAGUUCAAAGUAGUGGGAGAGUCAUGUAUUCACACGCUCCUGUCUAAAGUACAAGGGAGCAAGUGAACUAAAGCCGUGUGUGAUGUGAAAAAGAUCACGUACUCUAAAGCGGUGUUCUUCGAUCAGCUGAUAGCCAGGCCCAAUCAAAUAGGCUCACUCUGGAUGCUGGUAUCUUGUCAGCAAAGCUAUUUUUAACAGGUACAUGUAUAUUGCUGUUGAUGACUCACAUUCUCUGCACAUGGACUUUGAACUUCCAGGGAUUUGUAAAUAGACAUCAAAAUAAAAUGCAAAAAAAAAAAAAAAAGGGUACUUAGCCAUUUUGUGGCAGUCUGUUAGUAACCAAAUAUUUAAAUGCCAAAUUUUUUAUUUUCAUUUUUUUUCCACCCAUGAUUAUUUUUUUUGUCUCAGUUUCAUGUCGGUACUGCUAAUAGAGAAAGAAAUAAACUGCACAAUGUUUAGUUUCUUCAGAAACUCAGUGGGAAAGAAUGACCAAUGCUAGUACUAACUUUUCUGUGUUCAGUGUUCCAGUAGAUAACAUGUUUCAGUUUUGUUGGAUUUUUUUUUUUUAUUUAACUGUCAAAUAUUUUAUUGCCUUCUUUCAGGUUGGGGCUUUUCCCCCUCUAAGCUGUUGUAUAUGUGAUUUUUAAUAUUUUUAUAUAUAUUAUACACUAGUUUUAAGAUUUCUGAAGCAAAUAGUUUUGAAGCAGUUUUUUUAUUUUGUAAGAGUUUCUAUUACUUUUAGACAUUUUUGAGCGGUAUAUAUUUAUGUUUUGUAGAAGGAUUGCUAUGUAAUUGUUCAGGGGAACAGAAUUGAGCCAUGUGUCAUUUGCAUGGGAAAAAUAAAUCUGCUGCUUUUCGUCAUAACAAGAGAUGUGAAUCACCAAUCGAGUGGAGGAGUCAAUGAAUCAUUGAUUUCUGCACGCAGGUUCUGAUCUGUUUGGAAAUAAAGCUAUUUUUAUGCACACAA